AUGGCGGAGGCCUGGACGGAGCGGAAGAAGGCGAGGAGAUCGACGACCGCUGCUCAGAGCUUGGGGACGAACUCGUGUGCACCCUGCCAGCCGCCACGCGCGCGUGAAGAGGCGUCCCGCGCCGCCCGCGCCGGCUGCAGAGCCGGCCGCGCCCCGCCAAGACGCAAGCCGCCCCCGCGCGCCCGGUGCCAAGACGCGAGACGCCCCGCGCCAUCUCGCGCCGAGGCAACCGCCGCGACCACCGCCCGCACCGCUGCAGGCCGGUCGCGCCCGUGCGCCCGUGCCAAGACGGAGCCGCCCCGCGCCAUCUCGCGCCGCGGCAGCCGCCGCGACCACCGCCGCGCCGUCGCAGAGCCGGCCGCGCCCCGCGCGCCCAGUCCAAGACGGAGCGGCCCCGCGCGCCCAGGGCCGCGCCACCUUGCGCCGUCUCCGUGCGCCUCGCAGCCUCCUCAAGAUGGCGCGGCCCGCGCCGCACGCCUCGCCUCCCGGGCCUCGUGCGCCACCGGCGGCGCACGCCCUCGCCACGACGCCGGCCGCGAGGCCCUCCUCUUCUCGGUCGCCAUCGCCGCACUCCUCCUUCCAUGGCCCGCGCCGCGGCGGCGAACGAGGGCGGCGCCGCGACGACGAACCGGGCCGCGCCUCGGCGCGGCGAACGGGGCGCGCCGGCGGCGGCGAACGGGCCUGCGUUGA